GGCCCACUAGUUACAAUAACUCACGAGGCUAUGACCCAAUAUUUGUAACUGUCUAAAGCCCAAGUUUUGGUCAACGAUCUCUGACUCUCUAAUGUCCCUUCUUCCUUCCCUCCCCAUUGUACCUUUCACCUAUCCCAACAAUGGUGGAAAUCAGAAAUCCCGGUAUUGCUUUAACGAAUCAAUCAGCAAGGAAGUGAGAACGAGAAGGAGAGAUCUGUGUUUCAUUAGAGAUGAGCAAGCUCAGAUUCUUCCAAAGUCUCCUAAUUUCGACUGUGAUCUGCUUUUUCCUCCCGUCGAUCAACGCUAGAGGCGGCCACUCCGACCAUAUCCACCCAGGUGAUGGGAAUUAUAGUUUUCAUGGUAUUGUGAGGCACUUAUUUGCUCAAGAAGAGCCUACACCGAGUUUGGAAUUAACUCGAGGAUAUAUGACUAAUGAUGAUCUUGAGAAAGCAAUGAAGGAUUUCACCAAGAGAUGUAGUAAGAUUUCGAGAUUAUACAGGUAAUCACCAUCAUCGUUGGAUCAAUCAGUAGUUGUAUUCAUCCUAGAUUCAGUAUUCUUGGUUUCUAUAUUAGGGUCUUAUGGUGUUGUUGAUUUUGUUCUUUAUUUCUCUCUUUGAGGGUUUUCUGGAACGUGCUUUCAGCAUCGGAAAGAGUGUCAAUGGAUUUCCUUUGUGGGUCAUAGAGAUUUCAGACAGGCCUGGAGAGAUAGAGGCUGAACCUGCAUUCAAGUACAUUGGGAAUGUACAUGGAGAUGAACCUGUAGGGCGUGAGCUCUUAUUACGCCUUGCAAACUGGAUUUGUGAUAACUAUAAGAAGGAUCCAUUGGCCCAGAUGAUUGUAGAAAAUGUUCACCUUCAUAUAAUGCCAUCAUUGAAUCCUGAUGGCUUUUCAAUCAGGAAACGUAAUAAUGCAAAUAAUGUGGAUCUAAAUCGCGACUUCCCUGAUCAGUUCUUUCCUUUCAAUGACGACUUGAAUUUGAGGCAACCUGAAACUAAGGCAAUUAUGACUUGGCUGAGAGAUAUACGAUUCACAGCGUCGGCUACUCUGCACGGGGGUGCGCUGGUCGCAAAUUUUCCAUGGGAUGGUACAGAGGAUAAAAGGAAAUACUAUUAUGCAUGUCCUGACGAUGAGACAUUCCGGUUCUUGGCACGUAUAUAUAGCAAAUCUCACCGUAAUAUGUCUUUGAGCAAAGAAUUUGAGGAAGGAAUCACCAAUGGAGCAUCCUGGUACCCAAUUUAUGGUGGCAUGCAAGACUGGAAUUACAUAUAUGGGGGAUGCUUUGAAUUGACUCUGGAAAUAAGCGACAACAAGUGGCCUAAAGCCUCAGAGCUUUCCACCAUUUGGGAUUAUAAUAGAAAGAGCAUGCUGAAUCUUGUUGCAAGCUUAGUGAAGACAGGAGUUCAUGGGCGGAUCUUUUCAUUAGACAAGGGAAAGCCACUGCCUGGGCUUGUUGUGGUCAAGGGAAUUAAUUAUACGGUUAAAGCUCAUCAAACAUAUGCAGACUAUCAUCGGUUGCUUGUACCUGGACAGAAAUAUGAAGUCACAGCAUCAUCCCCAGGAUACAAAUCGAAAACAACAACUGUUUGGUUAGGUGAAAACGCUGUUACCGCUGAUUUCAUUCUCAUCCCAGAAACAAGUUCCCGAGGCAAUCAACUGAGAAGCAGCUGCGACUGUAGCUGUAAAAGCUGCGGUCAGCCGCUUCUAACGCAAUUUUUCACAGAGACAAAUAAUGGAAUCACGCUUACCCUAUUCGUGGUUGUAGUGUUCCUUUGUUUUUUGUUGCAAAGAAGGGUGAGAUUCAACCUAUGGAAGCAAAGACAAUCCUCUAGAAGAUCAAUAACAGUAUGAUUUAUAGGUAUAAUAACACAACUCUAUAUACUCUAAUAAGAACAACCAAAAUCCAAACAAUUGAGUCCAAUUAUUCAAGUAGUUGUUACAUUAUUUUAUACCAUUGAACAUUUCUUUGUAUCGUUGUACUUUAUGUGUUUGGUGGAUCUUAUCAUCUUACAAGUCUUGUACUACGUCAAGAGUGCAACAUUGUCGCCAAACUUAUGUCACCAAGGGACAUUAAAAAAUGUAACCGGAAG